AUGGCGAUGAACUCUAUAUCCAAACUGGAGGAACCGUGGGUGCGAGAUGAGCUAGUGGAAGUACGCACCGGGAAAGCGAAACCAGUCUUUGGUUUACCCGUCCAGUCUGCCAUCUUCAAGUCUGUCCGAUAUGGCUCGGUUUCAGUCGACCUGCUCGGCUGCCGCGGCGAUGAACAUGUGUACGAGUUUCACGGCGGCCCCGAUAAAGCGCUCCUCCAGUAUUGCUCCCAGCAUUAUGAUACUUGGAGCGAGGAGCUGCCAGGGAGUGCGCACCUCUUUCGUAUUGGAGGAUUCGGCGAGAAUUUGGUAGCACGCCGAGCAAACGAGCGCAACACUUGCAUUGGAGACAUCAUCCGUAUCGGCCCUGAGGUGAUUGCCCAAGUAAGCCUACCACGGCAACCAUGCUACAAGCUUAACCAUCGAUUCCAAGAAAAGAAUCUGUCAAGGUUCAGCCAAGAACGAUCCCGGACGGGCUGGUACUAUCGGAUCAUCAAGGGAGGGUCGAUUCAAGCGGGCGAUGAACUGGUUCUGCUUGAACGUCCAAACCCUCAUUGGACUGUUGCCAGAGUCCAGCAUUAUCUCUAUAUUGAGAAAGAAAAUUCUGGCGUGAUGAAAGAGUUGGCAGAUCUCGAUGCAUUAGGAGAGCAACGACUCCUGGGUGACAGUGCCAUGGCCCUUGAUAUGUGGGCAGAAUACCGACUCAUCAAGAAAGUCAAAGAAACUCCAACGGUCAUUUCUUUCAAAUUCACAGCUGUCCAUCCAAGACAGCCGACAGAGCCAGUUCUACCAGGAACGCAUGUUCGUUUGAAACUGGGAGGUCGAUUGAUUCGAGCUUAUUCCGUUGUUGAAGGAAGCCGCAACCAGUUCACCUUGGGUGUGGCUCUCGAUCGACAGUCGACUCGUGGCGGCUCUCUAUUCUUACAUGAGACCCUACAAGAAGGUGACACGAUUACAAUUAGCAAUCUUGCAGCGACAUUCCCUUUGGCUGAAAAGGUCGACUGCCAUAUUCUCAUCGCCGGUGGUAUAGGAAUCACUGGUUUGCUUGCAUCGGCUCAAAGACUGCAGCAAACGAACCAAGACUAUCAUCUUCACUACGUGGUUCGAUCGCUGGAUGAGGAGGGGUCACCCUUCGAUGUAUCAGUCGUUCUCCAACAAGCUGACAGUAACGCCCACAUUUACUGCUGCUCUGGAGAACGGUUGAUGAAGGCUGUAUGUGACACAGCAGCCGAGCUCGGUUUACCAAACGAGAAUCUACACUUUGAGUCAUUCCAGGUCAAUAGCACGGGUGAUCCGUUCACGGUGGAACUGGUCGAGUCUAACAAGGAAAUGGAGGUAGCAGCCGGAGACAGUCUGUUGGAUACGCUUCGAUCUGCAGGAUUCGAUAUUCCAUCUACAUGCGAGGCUGGUAAUUGUGGGACCUGUCGAGUGGGUACCAAUCUCCCAAAUAGUGUCCAAAAUGGAAUUCGAGAUAAUGUCAAGCGGGUCACUGGCUACCAGUUCGCCAAUGUCCUGGAGCAAGCUAAUGAGUGCUUUCAUGAAGAGCUCCCUGACGAGACUCACGAUGAGGGUUCUGACGGCAUCCGCGAGGAUCAAUCUACAAUUAUGUAA